GGCGCCUGGGGCUGGGGAACCAGGAGUCCCACAACUCCCCACAGCUGGUGGCCCUCCCCUCCGGCUACGAAGCCCAGAAGGUGCUGUGUGGCAUCGAUGCCUCCAUGGUCCUCACCUCCAACCGCCAGAUUCUGGCCUGUGGCAGCAACAGGUACAAUAAGCUUUGCCAGGACAGGAUUGUGUCCCAAGGGGAGCCCCUCCCUGCUGCUGACCAGGUGGAGGAAGUGCUGACCUUCAGCCCUGCCUGCUCGGCCCCUCUGAGCCAAGAGGUCAUUGUGGGCGCGGACAUCGGAACGGCCCACUCCGCAGCCAUCAACGCCUCCGGCCAGUGCUACACCAUCGGUAGCAACCAGCACGGCCAGUUGGGCCCCGUCUCCUGCCGGGCCAGCCGGGCCCCGUACCUGGUGGAGGGGCUCCAGGCCACCCGAGUCACCCUGGUGGGCUGCGGGGACGCCUUCACCUUGGCAGUGGGAGCAGAUGGCGAGGUCUACACCUGGGGCAAGAGCGCCCGGGGCCGCCUGGGCCGGAAGGAGGAGGAGCCGAGCAGCCCCCGCCCCGUGCAGCUGGAAGAGGGGCCCCCCAGCCUGGUGGUCUCCGUCUCCUGUUGCCAUGGCACCACCCUGCUGACUGCCAAGCGUGA